AGCCCUGACCUGCUGCGAUGGGUCCCACUGACCGGCCGGAGCCGGCCGCCGGCGGCGAGUCCAUUGCCGACGAGGGCAGCACCGUCGUCAAGGAGUGUUGUGCCGACGAGGACGCCGCAAUGGACGAGAUGUCGGCUUGCGUGCAGCGCCGGCCGGGGGAGGAGGAGUGCGCGGACGCCGAGGCCGACGAGAUGGCGGCGAGCAUGCAGCGGCGCGUCGACGCGCUGCCGGGGAAGGCGCACGAGAGCGAGCCGUUCACCAUCUUCCGGGUGGCCGGCCCCAUGCGCGACCGCAACCGCCACCUCUACGAGCCGCAGAUGGUGUCCGUGGGGCCCUUCCACCGCGGCGCCGCCCGCCUCCGCGCCAUGGAGGAGCACAAGUGGCGCUACCUCCGGGACCUCCUCGCCCGCAACCCCGGCGACGCGCCGCUCGCCGCCUACGCCCGCGCCGCCAGGGAGCUCGAGCCCACGGCGCGCCGCCGCUACGCCGAGCCCGUGCCGCUGGCGGCGAGGGAGUUCGCCGAGAUGCUCCUCCUCGACGGCUGCUUCAUCAUCGAGUUCUUCCUCAAGGGCGAGGACCGCGCCGCCGACGCGCUCAUCGACGCCGCGUGGGCCAUGCAGAACGUGUACAACGACCUCUUCCUCCUCGAGAACCAGCUCCCCUUCUUCGUCGUCGAGCGCUUCUACGACAUCGCCACCGGCGGCCUCGGCCGCGACUACCUCGUCACCAACCUCCUCGCCAAGUACCUCACCAUGGACACCCCUCAGGACGCCGCCACGGCGCGGCCGCCCGACGGGGAGAUCCUCCACCUGCUGCACCUCUACUACCACUGGUUCCUGCCGCCGGAGGACCGGACGAACGACAGCGGCGGGAGCGGCACGAGCAGCAAGGAGGAGGACGAGGCGUGGGACGAGUGGCUGGCGAAGCCGGUCCACGAGCGGGUGCCGUGGCUGAUGCCGCCGGCGACGGAGCUGCAGGACGCCGGCGUGACGUUCCGCGCCAAGCGAUCGCCACGCAGCCUCGUCGACGUCACGUUCAGCCGGCGAGAGGGCGCGCUGGAGAUCCCCACCGUGGGGAGCUACACCAACCGCGCCAUGCUCGCCAACCUCGUCGCCUACGAGCAGAGCCGGGGUCGGUGGGAGCUGCAGCGCGUGGCGAGCUACGUCCUCCUCAUGGCGUCCGUCGCCGACGGCCGGCGCGACGUGGAGCUGCUGCAGCGCGCCGGGGUGCUCGCCAGGGGGGACGACGAGACGGCGGCGUUCUACGCGCACCUGUGCCCGCCGCCGGAAUCGGUGAACAACUGCUACGACGAGCUGUACCGCCACGUCCGGGAGUACCGUGGCCGGAGCUGGAACCGCCACCGCGCCGUGCUCGUGCACGACUACUUCAGCAACCCGUGGACCAGCAUGUCCGCCGCCGCCGCCGUCCUCCUCCUCGUCCUCACCGUCGUGCAGACCGUCUACACCGUUCUCCCCUAUUACCACCCCAGCUAACCACACCAAAACAUCAUUAAAAAAAGUAGUAUUUUUUUUCAAAUAUUAUGUACUGGAUUAUUUCAUGGAUUAGAUA